UUAAUGCUUUUAUUGGAAAAUUUUCUAAAUUAAAGUAGAAAGUAUGUAUAUUCAUGGUAUUUUCUCCUGUCCUAGCUUGUCGAUUAGAGGAACCAGUGCAAGUGCUUCAACCAUUAAAAGUGAAAGAUAUUCCUGAGAUCAAAACGAGCAAACCAGAGGGUCUUCAUGAAUUAAUAAACAGGAUGGUUAAGCAAGCAAAGGCCUCUUCAGGGAUAAUAUGGAACUCAUUUGAAGAACUUGACCAAGAUGAGCUGACCACGUUGGGCAAGGACUUCCCUGUUCCAAUAUUCCCCAUAGGUCCAUUUCACCAGUACUUUCCAGCUUCUUCAAGUAGCUUACUAACCCAAGACCAAAGCUGCAUUUCCUGGCUAGAUACUCAAGUUCCUAAUUCUGCACUCUACGUGAGCUUUGGGAUUAUUGCAGCUAUAAAUGAGGCUGAAUUUCAGGAGAUAGCUUGGGGGCUAGCCAAUAGCAAGCAGCCCUUCUUGUGGGUGGUUCGACCUGGAUUAGUCCUUGGCUCAGAAUGGCUUGAACCAUUGCCUGAUGGGUUCUUGGAGAUGAUAAGAGGAAGAGGACGUAUUGUCAAGUGGGCUCCCCAGCAGGAAGUACUAGCACGCCCUGCCAUUGGAGGGUUUUGGACACACAAUGGCUGGGAUUCAACAUUGGAAAGUUUAUGUGAAGGGGUCCCUUUGAUAUGUCAGCCCAAUUUCGGUGACCAAAUGGUAAAUGCAAGAUAAGUGAGCAAUGUUUGGAGAAUUGGAAUACAUUUAGAGAAAAAACUGGAGAGAGGGAAUAUAGAAAGUGCAAUUAAAACGCUAAUGGUGGAGGCAGAAGGGCAGGAAUUGAGAAUGAGGACUCUAAAUUUGAAGGAUAAAGCGGAUCUUUGUCUAAGGGAAAAGGGAUCUUCCUGCCAAAAUCUUGAGAAUUUGAUCAAUUACAUUUGAUCAUUAGCCUGCAAGGAUGCAACUUAUGUUCAAUGAUUUUUAGUAACAAAUAUUUGUUUAUGCAAUUAAGCUUUUGUUUAAGUUCAAUUUUUUCAUAAAAUUGUGCACUCAAUGUGCUUAGAAGAAUAAAAAAAAAACUAUAUAUUAUUUUA